AUGAGCAACUACGUGGAAAGAAUCUCCGUGCAGUAUCGGAACUUCUCCCAGGGUGCAGAUCCGCUCAUCGACAGCUGGCCGUUGAUGCAAACGCCCGGACCGAUCGUGACGAUCACGGGCCUGUAUCUGCUGUUCGUCCUGUGGAUCGGACCGCGUUGGAUGGAGCACCGUAAACCGUACGAGCUGAAGCACACCCUGAUCGUGUACAAUGCCAUCCAAGUGGUCGUUUCAACCGCGUUCUGCUUGCAGCCAUUCUUUACCGGGCUGUUCAGUCGGCUCUACCUGUCGAUGUCCUGCGGCGAGGCGAUGACUGGCGUCAGCAAAGACCUGCAGCUGACGGUUUGGAAUGGUGCUUGGGUGUAUCUGGUGCUGAAGAUCGUCGAGCUGCUCGAUACCGUGUUCUUCGUGCUGCGUAAGAAGCAAAAUCAGGUGUCGUUUUUGCACGUCUAUCAUCACACGAUCAUGGUGCUGUUCACCUGGUUCUAUCUGAAGCAUAUCCCCGGAAUGCAUGCUGCCUUCAUCGGUGUGCUGAACUCGUUCGUGCACAUCAUCAUGUACAGCUACUACCUGAUAGCGGCCCUGGGACCUCGCUACCAGAAGUACCUCUGGUGGAAGCGCUACCUGACCACGCUCCAGCUGACGCAGUUCGGCAUCAUGCUGUGCUAUUUCGUGCUGAUCAACAGCCUCCAGUGCCAUGUGCCGCGCGCGCUGACGUACUUCUUUGUCAGCAACAUCACCAUCUUCCUGUUCCUGUUCAUCAACUUCUACCGCAAGGCCUACCGCGGUAAACGAGGUCCGGUGGGUCCGAAAACGGAGUAG